AUGACGCCGGAGUGUGGGCACCGGUCUGAAUCCAUCCCGACGAGCCGGAGGUUAAAAUCUCGCUUCGCCGAGGUCGCCGGCGGCACGGCCGCGGAGUGCGCGGCGGUGGUCUGUUGCUGUCCGUGCGGGCUCGCGAGCCUCGUGGUGCUGACGAUGGUGAGGUUGCCGGCAGGGCUAUGCCGGAGGGCCCUCAGGAGGAGGAAGAAGAGGGGGGUCGCGGGAAAGAAGAGGCCGGGACUCCUGCACGAGCGCAAGCGAGACGAGUCCGCUCCUCCCCAAGUCCAUCCCGCACCGUCGGAGUCCGAGUCCGACGGCGAGUGUCCGGAUGUGCCAACGGCGACCGACGACGAGUGGCAAAUGGACGAGGAGAUGUUGGGGAAGCUCUAUGCCGGAUUUUGGAGGAGCCCUUCAGAAAGAGAAUGA